CCUCUGGCAUGGUGAUCCCAUCUGCUCAGGAACCUCCCUCUACCUCGACGAUGUCUAAUGGGUUCCCUGCUUUACCAGUCGCCGAUGAUCACCACGCGGAUGGCGAUUCGGUAACACAACGUGAUCGCAGUCCAUCAGAGCCCAUUGAAUUCCACCCCGUCUCCGAGUCCUCCCCCGAACCCGAUGCCGCGGACGACUCAUAUGACGGCGCGUCUGCGGAUUCAGAUGCGGAAGAUGAGGACGUGGUGGAGGACAACAGUGAUGAUGAAGGCAACUCAUACAGCCGUGAAAACUCUUCAUCCCCUCACCCCGACCGCGGUGCGAAGCGCAAAUCAUCACCGGUUAGUGAAACUGACCUCAUGAGGCAAAAUCCCGAUCUGUACGGGCUUCGUCGCAGUGGUCGUGCUCGCACAACGCGCCAUCUCGCCGACUCAUCUGACUCGGACUCUGAUGUUGUUGCACCGCGUUCCAAGCGCCGGCGCAAGGAACCAUCCCAACAGCCCUCCAAGGCCUCCCGGUCGGCUACUGUGUCGUCACUCUCCGAGACUGACAGUGACGAGUAUGGUGGAAAGAACUCCCGUGCCAGUAAAGCGAGAAGGCGGCGUCUCCAACAAAGCGCCAGCUAUGAACCCUCCUUGAACGAGGUCCGCUUCUCGACGCGAACAGCCAAGAAGGUGUCAAAUUACAAUGAGGAUGAUGAGGAUGAUGAGGAUAUGUUCGAAGAUGAUCCAGACGAUCUUGCACCAAAUUAUUGGGCUGAGAGUUACGCGGAGGACACUCGCCCUGCUGUCGACGUCGUUCUCAAUCACCGCCUUAAGGAGGGCAUCGAUCCAAAAACCCGCGAUCUUGACCGAAAUGAUUUUGAAUUUUGUAUCAAAUGGCAGGACAAAUCACACUAUCAUGCAACAUGGGAAAGCAAUGAGUCUAUCGCCAACUUCCGCAGCACGCGACGUGUUGAUAAUUAUGUUCGGAAGGUAUUGAAUGAGGACAUUCGGCUGCAGUAUAGUGCGGAUGCUCCCCCUGAGGAUCGUGAAAAAUGGAACCUUGAUCGCGAACGAGAUGUUGAAGCCAUCGAGGACUACAAAAUGGUUGAACGAGUCAUUGGUGUACGUGAUGGCGAGGAUGGCACUACGGAGUACCUUGUCAAAUGGAAGCGUCUCUUUUACGAUUCCUGCACUUGGGAGCCCGAGGACCUGGUUAGUGAGAUCGCACAACGUGAGGUUGACCGAUUUUUGGACCGCACCGCUCGCCAGCCCAUCUCCGACAAGAAUGAGACAAAUAUUGCUACCCGUAAAUCAUUUGAGCCCAUUCAUGGAACCCCUAGUUUCUUGCAGAAUGGAGAACUCAAGGAUUUCCAGGUCAAAGGUCUAAACUUCCUGGCUUUUAAUUGGGUCAGGGGUCGAAAUGUGGUUCUGGCAGAUGAGAUGGGUCUCGGAAAGACAGUCCAAACUGUCUCCUUCAUCAACUGGAUGCGUCAUGUCAGACGGCAGCAAGGACCGUUCAUUGUCAUCGUUCCACUGUCCACCAUGCCAGCAUGGGCCGAUACAUUUGAUUACUGGACGCCUGACCUGAACUACGUUGUUUACAAUGGUAGUGAGAAGGCGCGCUCCGUGUUGCGGGACUAUGAACUGAUGGUUGACGGAAACCCCAAACGUCCAAAAUUCCAUGUGCUGUUGACAACCUACGAGUAUGCAAUGAAUGAUUCGCCGUUCCUCGGCCAGUUCAAGUGGCAGUUCAUGGCUGUGGAUGAGGCACACCGUCUCAAAAAUCGCGACUCGCAGCUUUACAUCAAGUUAUUCGAAUGGAAAUGUCAGGCCCGGCUCUUGAUCACCGGUACUCCAAUUCAAAACAACCUUGCUGAACUUUCGGCUUUGAUGGAUUUCCUCAAUCCGGGUCUCAUUGAUGUCGAUGUCGACAUGGAUUUGAACUCUGAGGCUGCAUCACAAAAACUUGCGGAAUUGACUGAAGCCAUCCAACCUUACAUGUUGCGGCGUACAAAAUCCAAGGUCGAAUCUGAUCUUCCACCCAAGACCGAGAAAAUCAUUCGGGUGGAGCUCUCAGAUGUCCAAUUGGAGUACUACAAGAAUAUCCUGACCAAAAAUUAUGCUGCAUUGAAUGACGGGAACAAGGGAAUGAAGCAAUCUCUUUUGAACAUCAUGAUGGAAUUGAAAAAGGCUAGCAAUCAUCCUUUCAUGUUUCCCAACGCGGAAGCAAAGAUUCUGGAAGGUAGUAGUCGCCGAGAAGAUAUUCUUCGAGCCAUGAUCACCAGUAGUGGAAAGAUGAUGCUUCUCGACCAGCUCCUUCGCAAGCUAAGCGUCGAUGGUCAUCGAGUUUUGAUAUUCUGCCAAAUGGUUGGUAUGCUCAACAUUCUCAGUGAGUACAUGGAGUACCGCGGUUACAAAUACCAACGCCUUGAUGGAACUAUCCCAUCUGCCGCCCGUCGCUUAGCGAUUGAGCAUUACAAUGCUCCUGGCAGCACUGAUUUUGCAUUCCUUCUUUCAACCCGUGCAGGUGGUUUGGGUAUCAACCUGAUGACCGCAGACACUGUCGUACUGUUUGAUUCGGACUGGAAUCCACAGGCCGAUCUGCAAGCUAUGGCGCGUGCCCAUCGAAUCGGCCAGACAAGACCUGUUAGCGUCUACCGUCUUGUCUCAAAGGACACAAUUGAAGAGGAAGUCAUUGAAAGGGCUCGCAACAAGCUCCUACUUGAGUUCAUCACUAUCCAGCGCGGUGUUACAGACAAGGAAGCCUCAGAGCUUCAAAACAAGAUGGCACGCGUGGUUGCCGAGCCUAAUUCCACAGAUGACAUCUCUCGAAUUUUAAAGCGCCGCGGUCAAAAGAUGUUUGAACAAACCGACAACCAGAAGAAACUAGAGCAGCUUGAUAUCGAUUCCGUCCUUGCAAAUGCCGAAUUGCACCAAACUGAGGAGGCAGAGCAAAUUCAAGCCGACGGCGGUGAAGAGUUCUUGAAAGCAUUCGACUUCGUUGACAUCAAGGUUGAUGAUCUCUCUUGGGAUGACAUCAUUCCUAAAGAGCAGCUUGAAGAACUCAAGGCCGAGGAAAAGCGCAAGGAUGAUGCCCAUUAUCUCGCCGAAGUCAUCGAACAAAAUCGUCCCCGCAAGCGCCAGGCGCCUGUGGACACGAGAGACUCUAGAGAGGAACGCAAGGCUAAGCGACUUGCCAGAGCUCAAGUUAAUAUCGACGAUGGGGUGGACGAAAGCACCUCAUUGGAUCCAAAGCGCCCCCUUGGAGAAAAAGAAUACCGUGCGCUCUCUAGGGCUUUCCUUCGCUACGGCGAUCUGGAUGACUCUGAAGAUCUGAUUCUUGAGGACGCAAGACUGCAAAAUCGUGAUCGGAACACUGUCCGUGCUGCUCUUCAUGAAAUAACCGACAAGGCAAACUCGCUUGUUCAAGAAAGCUUGAAUCAAUUGGAAGCAAUGAAACAAUCGGGAAGGAACCCCACCAAGAAGGAGCAAAAAGCUGUCUUAUUCGACCAUCAUGGUGUCAAGCGACUUAACGCAUGGACUAUUGUUGAGCGUCCGCCGGACAUGCGCCUCAUUCGUGGCAUCACCAAAUCGUUGUCUGAUUUCAAGACAUUCCGCCUCCCUGAGGCGACCAAAUUGGCAGACUACAGCUGCCAGUGGGGUGCGCGUGAAGAUGGAAUGCUUCUUGUGGGUAUCGCACGCCAUGGGUUUGGUGCGUGGACCCAGAUCCGCGAUGACGCUGAGCUUGGCCUGGGUGACAAAUUUUUCCUCGAGGAACAUCGAGUAGAACGCAAGACACAACGUUUGCAGGCCGAGGAGAAGGCAACAAAGUCACCGGGCGCUGUUCACCUUGUUCGACGAGCCGAAUACCUCAUGUCCGUUUUGAGGAACAAGUACAAUAACAAUGCCACAGCCAGAAGAGCAGUGGAUAAUCAUCACCGCAAUAACAAGCGAGGCUCACGGGUUUCCGGCAGUGGCAGUGUGUCCGCCUCUCCGGCGCCCUCGAGCUCUCGCAGGCCCGAAAAUCCUCGCAAGGGUCACCGUGAAUCUGAUCGAUCACGCCCGCGCUCUCACACACAUGGCAGCCGGGAGGUUGAUCGUCACCAUACUCCCAACCACGACUCUCGUUCACGGUCUGGUCUGGAUAUCGAUCGUCCACGUCAUCGUCUAUCUGACGCCUCCAAUGACGAACUUCGUCGACGGAAAGGCCAUGAGAACGGCGGUUCUAAUAAAGAAGACAUGGCAUUCAUGUUCUUCAAGCCUAUUGUUCACAAUCUGAAGCAAGUAUCCAUGAUUACUGCCAAAAAUUACCCUAGCAAAAACGAACGCGCCCAGAAACUCCGUCUCACACUUGUUAAGAUUGGAGAAUUCAUUCGCAAUACUUUGGAGGGAUCGCAAUCGAUGCCCUCCUUGGAGGUUCGACUCUGGGACUAUGUUUCACUCAACUACUGGCCAAACAAAGACGCCAGUGGUGCCAAGCUCCAGCAGAUGUUCAACAAGGUCAUGGAAGCCAGCAAGGCCUCCAAGGUCUCAAAUGGCAGCUCGGCUUGA